UGUAUCGGCAAUACAACACCUGCAAUGUUUUGUAAAUUCAUUUUUUUAAAAUGAAUAGAGAGUUUUUUACUUAUAAGUAGUGAUUAGUGGAUUGUGUACAGUGCUGUGAUAUUUGUAAUGGAUGCAGAGAGCGAGUACGAAAUAAAGAGAGCUCGUGAUGCGAUUGAAAUGAUAGAGACUAUCCAGUCGAUGAUCGACGUUUCUGCUGAUAGACUUGAGGGUUUGAGGACGCAAUGCUCGACGAGCGCCGAGCUGACGCAGCAGGAGAUCCGGACCCUGGAGGGCAAGUUGGUGAAGCACUUCUCCCGUCAACUGGUGACGAAGGCGCGGUUUGGAGAGGAGCUGCAGAGGCAGUUAGCUGGCGUGCCGCGGCUGGCGCAAUGGCUGAGGGUCGUUGGACUCAGUCAGGAAUCCAUCGAGGCAAUAUGUUCGCGCGUGCCUUCCCUGGAGGCGCUGCGCGAGCGAUCAGACUACGAGUUACGAGCACUGCUGGCUGGAGCUAGGGAUGAGGAGCAACGGCGGCUAUGUCGCGCCAUGCAGCGGCUACGGGCCUACGCAGAAGCGCUAGCUCGCGGCGAGGCGGCAUCAGAGAUGCAGCUGUACUGGGACUCGUGGGAGAGGCACGGGCGCGGCUCGCCGCGGGCCCGCGCCCGCCAGCCGCGGACCUCGCUGCCCACCGACUCCGACUCCGCGCACUCUACCCCGCAGGGGAAGAAGGGCAGGGCGAGCGGGCCGGCCAGCCGCCGCCAGCCGCCGGCGCAGCUGCCCCCGCCGGCGGCGACGCUCACCAAGUCCCGCUCGCACGAGUCGCAGCUGUCCGUGCGCCCUGAUGCCUCCGACUUGAGCGACAACAGCCAGUCGUCAGCGGUGGGCACCUUAGAAGGCACCCCGCCCGCUUCGCCGCACGACACCGAACCCGAGACCACGCCACUACACCGACCAUCUAACAACGUGUCUCAUCAUAAUUCAUCAACAGCGUCGGCGACGAGCUCGAUAGCGAGCUCCGUCCCUGCGCCGCGCUCCCCGCGCACCCCCACCACGGUGGGGCGCUCCAUGGCCCACGACAUCGCGCACCGCUUCACCAAGACCUUCAACAUGAUCGCCACCUGUGACUACUGCGAGAAACAGAUGCUCUUCGGGUCCGGCUUGAAGUGUAAAGAGUGCAAGUUUAAAUGUCACAGGGAUUGCGAAACGAAAGUCCCUCCCUCCUGUGGCCUACCUAUAGGGUUCGUCAAUGCGUUUAAAGAGAAGAUCUAUAAAGAUGGUGGUGGUUAUUACGUGUCGUCGCCGGUGGCGGGGCGCGGCAGCUUCCUGUCGUCGCUGCGGGCGCCGCGGCGGCACCACGCGCCCCCGCAGCACAACUACCCGGGCCCGGACUCGUCGUCGACGACGUCCUCGUGCAACAGCUCGACGCCGUCGUCACCAGCCCUGUGCGCCCCCAACACGCCGCACCACCACCACCAUCUGCCCACCAAGCCGCAGUUCCACUUCCCAGAAGUAAAGCCGCCGGUGUCGAGCCCCAACCACGUGACGUCAGUGCAGUCCCCCAGAACGAUACCCGAGCAUAAAGAAGACCUCACGCCCAGUGUUAAAAGUGACAGUUCCCGAUGUGUGUCCCUGACGGGGUCGGGCUCCACUGACAGCGGCGGCGCGGUGCGCGCCGACUCGCUCGACCUCAGCAAUAAGGAUUCCAGAUGGCCGCGACAAAAUAGCUUAUCAAUGAAAGAAUGGGACAUCCCGUACGACGAGUUGAAACUGUUCGAGAUCAUCGGGCACGGGCGGUUUGGAACCGUGUACCGCGGCUCCUGGCACGGCGCAGUCGCCGUUAAGCUGUUACACAUGCACUCUCUCAGCGACGACGCGGUGCCGCUCGAGACCUUCAAGCACGAGGUGGCGACGUUCCGCAAGACGCGUCACGAGAACCUGGUGCUGUUCAUGGGCGCGUGCAUGAAGCCGCCGCGGCUGGCCAUCGUGACGUCACUGUGUAAGGGCAACACGCUCUACACGCUCAUACACCUGCGCAAGGACAAGUUCACCAACAACAAGAGCGUCAUCGUGGCGCAGCAGAUCUCACAGGGUAUGGGGUACCUGCACGCGCGCGGCAUCGUGCACAAGGACCUCAAGACCAAGAAUAUCUUCCUGGAGAACGGAAAGGUGGUCAUCACCGACUUCGGACUGUUCUCCGUCACCAAACUCUGCUUCGGAAACAACGCGCGCGGCGACAGCCUGGGCAUCCCCCCGGGCUGGCUGUGCUACCUGGCGCCCGAGCUGGUGCGGGCGCUGCGGCCGCACGCCUCGCUGCACCUGCCCUUCUCCAAGUCCACUGAUGUCUACGCCUUCGGCACGGUGUGGUAUGAGCUGCUGUGCGGCGAGUACCCGUUCAAGGGUCAGCCGCCCGAAGCCAUCAUCUGGCAGGUGGGCAAGGGCGUCAAACAGUCGCUGGCAAACAUGCAGGCCUCUAGAGAUAUUAAGGACAUUCUAAUGCAAUGCUGGUCGUACCGCUGGACGGAGCGGCCGGACUUCCCCCGUCUUCUCUCCACGCUGCAGAAGCUGCCCCGCAAGCGGCUGGCCCGCUCGCCUUCUCACCCCGUACACCUCUCGCGGUCAGCUGACUCCGUCUUCUGAGACCGGACCAACCUCGCGCUCUGUGUGCGGCCCUAGUGAUUGGUGAGUCUUCUAGGAUUGAAGGAAACAGAAGACGUGGAAAGACCUGGACUUUUGGAAUUACAAAUAAUAUAGAUGGUGUCAAACAAUGUGUAAUAUUGAUACAGGGCUAUAAGAAUUACUUUCUCCCUAGCGUUAUUCCGUUUUUACAGGGUCCGCUUGCCUAACCUGAAGAUUUGACAGGUUUUUUACAAAAGUGAUAACCUGUCUGACCUUAACCAGCGAAGGUUAAACCAGCUCGAUACAAGUUAGGUCACAUACCUUCGAAAUGCAUUUCUCGGGAAUAUGGGUUCCCUCACGAUGUAUUUCUUCUCCGCUGAUCACGUGAUGAACAUUUAUGAUCCAAACACCGAAAACAAAUUCGAAAAUCAAUGGAACCUGCGCUAUCACUGCUCUCACAGAGCUAUGACAAUUGACAUAGUAAAGUUUUCCGAAGAAAUUAGAAACUCUAUUUCUGAACUCGCAACCCCAUAACCUGCAGUGGACAGACGGAUUGGCAGUCUUCUGUAAAAUCUUCAGAUUAGGCAAGCGUAUCCUGUGAAAACGGAAUAAUGCAGUGUGCAUCUGUCGAUAUCAGAAAAAAAAUCUUAUUAUGUCUUGUAAGAACGUACCUUGAAGAGGUCGAUGUAAACCGUCAUUCGUCAUUUCAUUAGUGCUCUGAUGGCUCAAGAACAUUGUAACUCUGUUAUUUAAAAUUUAUUAACCUCCUUCUUUUUGAAGUCGGUUAAAAACAGAAGACGCACGGCGAUACUAUAAAGUAUCUUAAAAGUAUAAAGUAACUUUUUUCGGAUUUUCAAAUUCCGAAUACACGAUAAUUCUAGUAAUUGAUGAACAUGGAAAUUAUCACUCGUUUGUUUUAAGAAAUGCGAUGAUAGCUGAUAGUCAUGAAAUAGAAACACUGUACAGUCAUGAGUCAUGUAGUAAUCAUGUACCCACUUUAGUACCCUGUCGAACUGUCAUAUUUGACAUUUAAUGAGACUUACGGUUUAAUUUGUCAAAAAAGUUCAUGUGACAAGGUAUCAAAGUGUAAACAUAUUAGUACUCGCGACCGUACAUGAUCUAUGUCAGACGAAAAACAAAUUGGGAAAACUAUUUAUCCGUCUUCCUUUGAAUGUGUUCAAAAACCUACGCCUUUAAUAUUAGUUACACGUAGGGAAUGCAAUCCCGACUCGAGAUUGCAAAUUCGAGAUCCCGCGGGAUUGGAAAUAUCAAUCCCGCGGGAUCCCGAAAUUUUCGGGAUCUCGUCUAGUUCAUAAAAAAAUGUAAAGCAAAGAUAGCUGAAAACAAUGAAAACUGCUUGUUUGUGAUAGUGAGGUUAAAUAAAACUAAAUAUUUUUUUAAAGAAAACAAAAACCUUUAUUGUUCAAUAUUACUUACUAAAUAACUUAAGUUUUCUUUGGAAAUCAGCAUAAUCAAAACAAAAAGUAUAACUUAAGGAGAUUAGAAAGUAGUUACGGGUGAUUUUGAAAGUAGCUACGUAAAAAACAAAGCUACCAACGUAAAAAGACUACUGAACGGGUACUCGCCUAAUCCCACCAGUCUCGAACUUGGAACGGGAUCUUUCGAACUCUCGAACGGGAUCUUGUCAUAUUAUGCUUCGGGAUUAAUCCCGACAUAUUAGAGAUCUCGCAUGAUCGGGAUCCCGCGAGAUCGGGAUUGCAUUCCCUAGUUACAAGCUUGACAAAUAAGUAUAUUCAGUAUAGUAUUUUUUUGUGACUCAAGUUAUUUUUUGUUUAGUUCACUUUGUCUAUGGUAAGAUGUGACCAUAGAGUAAAUGCGUUGUUUAUUAUUGUUUUAAAAAGGAACUGGGGUUUAAAAAGACCACACUGAAGCAAUUCAUCUGUUGACAUUACGCACCUACUUUUUUAUGCGCAAUUGUCAAAUUGCAAUAUUGCUUAUUAAAUGAAUUGCUUCAAUGUGGCCAUUUAGAUCUCCAGUUGUCUUCUGUCUUUGUUCAUAGGGUAGUUUCCAACUAGUCAAAUCGAUUACUUUUUACUAAACUUCAAAGGACAAAAUUACUACGGAAUUUGUAUGAACAAGUUUUGCAUUGUUGUGCUGACUGUUGUGUGGUUUUCUUUGAUAUCGUACAUUUUUUGCCACUGCAAAAUAACAAGAAACGACGCAAUAACUCAAAUAGUAAAAGUAUUGUUUGUCUCGUGAAAGUCAUAGUGAGCGUUCAACAUGUCUGAAGAACCGCAAAAUAAUGGCAACGGCGAUAAUGGCGAAAAAGAACAAAGGCCAAACGGUGCUGGUGAUGAAGGCGACGCUUGGGGAAGCCACGAUUCCUCAUCGAUCCGUCGCUACGCUAAAAUGCACUGUGGGACGCCGGAGUUGUGGAGUUAAAUAAGAGACGUGUGUCUUCUAAGACGGUCGUUUAUUGUCUGUCUAUGGAUAAUGACAUAUAAUAUAGAUAUGUAUAUUACAUGGGUGUGGAGGUACACACUACACUGUGAUGUCAUAGAAAAACGUGACAAAAUGUCGCACUUCAUAAACAAGUUUCGUAAAUCUGUCUUUCAGAAUUUUAUAAUUUAUCAUUGACCUAGGAAACUACCCAAUUCGUAAUAUAUUUAUUUGAUGUGGCGAAGUGUUCCCAAUUUGUGCAAUGUUUAAUCUAUUUGGUAAUUACUGACAGAUGAACUGUUGAUUUUUUAUUUAAUCAUUUAUAAUAUUGACCAGUGAUUGUACUGAACCAGGAACGGAGAACUAUAAUAGCUCUGGAGACUACUAUAAAAUGUUAUUUUUUUUCUUAUAACGAUGCUCUCAAGGGCCUAGCCCCUCUGUCAGUUUCAUCGAAAUCAAACACAGAAUAUACCAAUUCAUUAAACCUCUUUAUAAAAUUGUUAUAAGCAAAUAUAUAUAUUGCUGCUGAUUUCAGUACACACCACCUAAUUUUAUUUUUAGUUAUACCUGUCAUUUUCUUAUCCGCCGAAAACGAAAGGGACGAGUAAUCGACAAGCAUAAAAUUUAUGGAACACACGUCAAAUUUCAGCAAAUUUUAAGCACAAAUCUAAAACAGCCCUAUAAAAAUUUUGUUUUAGCUAAUAACCGACUGGAUUAAGUUGACAGCACAUGUCAAACGGUUUGCAUACCAGCGAAUACGUUUUUGAUUCGGCCGGGUUAUUCAUUCAUUUACUCAUUCUUCCUAAAAUUAAGAGCUGUCAAUCAUCCGUCUCUUUCCUUUUCGGUGGAUAAGAAAAUGACAGGUAUAACUUAAAGUAACAUUAGGAGGUGUUUGCAGGAAUCGGGGCCAUUGUAUUCUACAUAGCUAGGUAUAAUCCGCGGCGUAUAAGUUGAACAAUGACCUUGAAUGCGCAGUGAGAAAUUAUUGGGUCUCAAUCGAAGUGCGGUAUGAAGCGGGACGCGAGAGGUACCACGUAACCAUGACAACCAAUGAUGCUACAGACCGCCAUAUUUGUUCGAUGAGCAGUUUUCCAGUUAGUUCCAUCGUUAUACAGAGAUGGCGUACACGUCACUUUAGGAAAACUGUGUACGGCAUUAUAUUUAAAUUUCACAUAUUCAAGGGAGGUUAUCCGAUAUUAUAGUCGUUAGACAUAAUGUCUUUUUAAAAUCCCAUUUUUAAGGAAUCUUCUCAAUUAUUAAGGAAACCUCGGCCGCAACAGAAUAAAGUAAGAUAGAAAGAAAUAAAGCAUUUAUUAUAUUAAAGGACGCCACAGUAACAAUACAAACACAGUAGGAAAAAAAUUUACACAAAAUCACAUAUUAACAGAAACGUAAAAGGAACAGAAAAAUAAUAAUAAAAUACAAAAUAUUGGUGCUAACAGUAAUGUGGCGGUGUAAAGUAAUAAUUUAACUAUUUAUAAGUAGUAUUUCUUUCUUAUUAAAAAAAAUAUUUUUGUUUUUUUUUUAUUAUAGCGAAUGAUGUAUACGUAAAUAAACUGACUGUUUCGUUUUGUUUUCUUUUAUUUGGUUGAAUAAACUUUUAAAAACGAUUUGAGCGCCAUCUCUUGUUAUUGAAAGAACUAAAAUUACUGUAGAAAACUCAAUCAAGUUUUGUUUGAGGUUUACGCUCAUUCAAGUUAUACAUUGUUUGAGUUUUACGCUCAUUCAAGUUAUACAUUGUUUGAGGUUUACGCUCAUUCAAGUUAUACAUUGUUUGAGUUUUACGCUCAUUCAAGUUAUACAUUGUUUGAGGUUUACGCUCAUUGAAGUUAUACGAGUACGCCGCGGAUUACAUCAGAUAUUUGCAUUAGCCCUAGCGAUAUAAAACACCCAGAUGUAUUCUAGUAUAUGCAUAAACUGUGUAAAAUAACAAUUUGUAAGUAUGUUAAUACAACUGUAUAUUACUGUAAGUAAACUUGAUCUCCGAAUAAUCGAUAGAUUAAAUUAUAUUUUUGGUAUUAAAGUGGUGUUGACUGCUUGUUGGUUUGUAAAUAGUGUACAGUGUUGUUCUGUGAGUGAUGCGAGGCGAUGUGGUGGUUGAUCAUGGUUGGUUUUAAAGUAUUAAAACCUCAGUUGAUUUUCAAAGUCCGGACUUUCUGCUUUUUAUCUCGCUUUUUCAUCGCCAAAGAGUUUUCACCACAUAACAUAAGCGACUAUAUCAUAAUUAGGCUCAGAGGUACAUCGCAAGAUGAACUAAGUACCCGCACCUCACCGAGCUUUCUAUUAGACCAACGUGAUAGGUGAGCCGUAUCGCCGUCUAUAAUGGAGCCAACUAUGUUAGUGAAAACUGCGAUUUUUUUUACCACGACGAUAGAAAGGAGAUUGGCCCAAAGGGGUCCAAAUGUCUGUCAGUGUAUUUUUGACUGCGGUUUGGUAUUUAUUACUCAGUAUUUAGUGGUCUAUUUCGCUAAAUAAGUCUCGUUAAUGGAGGAUAUUUGGACCAAGUUCCAUACAACUUUGGUCAAUCUUCUUUGCUUUUAAUGUCGCGUGCGUUAUUUAUCUAAAAUGUCCGGCUUGAAGUCAGGAUGUGUAUUAACUUUAAAAGCAUAUUCUAAUGUGCCUUCGAAUAAAAAAUAUACCCUUCUAUUAUUUGUCACUUCUGUUACUAUUUAACUAAUUUUAAUUGAUGGUUGUAUUGUAAAGUGUACAGAUAGUGUAAAUAGAUAAAUAAAUAAAAAAAAAAUAACCAAUAUGAUCAAACACCACACAAGUCUGUGAGAACUCAAUUAUAACUAGUUAAGAGUUGAAAUUCCGAUUGAAAUGUUCUGUUUUCUUUUUAAUUAUGUACUAUAAAAUUUGACAUUUUGUGCUAAAAGUAACCUUAACAUAUUGUUCUGUUCAUUUUAAACGUAACUCGCUUAAAAAUUCGUUUCUCUGUGCGUAUACUACUCAAAAAUAAUAAUGGCGUUUGUAAAACAUAAUAUAAGCUCAUAUAUCGCAAUUGGGGUAGUCAGAGGUACAUCCAUCGCAAGGUGAAGUACCUACACUACACGCUUUCAGUUAGACCAACAUGUGAAAAAAAAAAACGACUUGCAUUUUAAGCAGCAUCAUUAUACAUAAACUCUCGCUCAGUGGAUUGGACAGACAAACAAGUAAUCAAAUACAACUUGGAGCCACUGUUGGUACGAAGUCUUUAGAUGGAUAUGAUGAACCUUAACAGCAUUAGAAAGUCAUAAUAAUCUUAAUUUGUAGAUUGACAGGUUUAUUUAUAAAAAUACAUUGUUAAUAAUAACACAAUUAACAGAGCAUAGUACCCCGCUAGGCUCCGGACACAGGUUGGCCGCUGCAAGGAUUAUCUCUGCAGGUGGGGAUAUCUGGUUGAUGGUUGCGAUGAUUGCGAGUGUGGAGUAUCACCACAAACUAUGGCUCACUUUUUGUGCUGUCCUAAGUGCCCUAACACCUGCACUAUUAAAGACCUUCACGAAGCCACUGACAAUGCAGUAAGCGUAAUUAUUGGUCAGCAAAAAUUUAGUAUCGAUCGCCAUCGACUCGCAAAAAAGACCCCGAUAGACAAAAGUUGGUAGUGUGACCAGGGAUCAACGACCCGACGGUGUUAUGUCGGAAGUUGUAUGUAUGCGUCGCGCUGUGUAAACUUCGUUAGCGCGUUCUAGGACUGUAUUAAACGACGUGCGCGCCAUCUGUUGGUAAUGGGCGGAACUAGCUGGUCAACUAGUUGGGACCGCCGCAACGCUAAACAGUAUCCGUUUAAUUUUUGGGUAGUAUAUAAUACAUAAAUAAAUGAUUGGACUAGUUAAAAUUUCAACUUGACUACAGGGAAUAUUGUUGAGAAUAAAAUUUUAUAAAUUAUAUUCAGUGAAUGACGAUUCUUGAGUGAGUUGAAGAACGAUGGAUUCAUGUUGUUUACUGUUGACUACUUAAUGUGUUUGAUUAUUUAUGUAUUUAUUAUAAUUGCGACUUGCAAUAUUUACUAACACUAUGGUUGAAUCGUCAGGAUAUAUCUGCGGUUACUACAUUACAUUACUCUGUCCAUCGUGUUAGAUGCGUCAAGGUCACGCGUGGUUACUAUGGUUACUCCCCAACUCGCUCGAGAUCGUGGUUACCAUGGUUACGCCCCGUCGAUUUGCUAUUAGACUCGACGAUCUGAUCGGCAAAUCCGUGACCUUGACGCAUCUAGCCCUGUGGACAGGGCAAUGUAACCGCUUAUCUACCAACAGGUAGUUAUUUUUCUAUGGUUUGAAUGCUGCAUAAAAUGUUUACUAUACACUUCUCAUAAAAAAAAACCUCGCAGUUUAUAUUUCGCAAGGAUUAUCAGAAAAAUAUUCAAUACGAGUAUUAUAUACAAAAAUAAAUGUCACUUUAGCGUUUCUUUUUUUUAUGAGAAGUGUACUUUUCUAAUCAGCAUUAAUGAAGUAAUGAGGUAUAUUAAUGUGCAUCCAACUAUAAUGCACGUUGCACACAGCCGGGAACGCGGGACAAGCGGCUCGCAAACAAAAUCCGGGGCUGGCCUAGACUGAGACCUGAAACCCGUCCGGGAAAUCAAAUUCAAAAACAUCUUUAAUCAGUUACACUUUGAAUCGUCAAUUUUUACAUAACGUCUAAAACUACUGCAACUUCGACACAGGGCCCUUGACGUUCUUAAAACAUUCGAAAGACAACUAUCUGGUGAUAGCUAACCAGGCGGCCUCUUGGCGUCGGGCUUCCCUCAUUGAGAGUCCUCAGCGCUCCCCAUUUGUCCGGCCAAGUAGUUUAUGCCAUCUGGCAUCUCGUUCACGUGUGCCGUGAACAUAAUUCUGUCGGGUUAUUGACCAAUGUAAAAUUUUUGUAGAAUUGUUUUAGAUUUCUGCUUAAAAUUGAUGUGUUCCAUAAAUUUUAUGCCUGUCGAUUAUCCGUCCCUUUCCUUUUCGGCGGAUAAGAUAGUGACAGGUAUAACUUAGAAUAAAAUAGGCUAGUUUCGAACUAGUCAAAUCAGCUACUUUUUAUUAAACGUAAAAACACAAAAUUACUAUGGAAUUUGUAUGAAAAAGCACACUGUGACGUCAUAAAAAAACGUGAUAAAAUGUCGGACUUAUUAUUACAUUUUUCUUUAUUAAAAUUCAUAAAUAAGUUAAAUAGAAAAAAUAAAAUGUUUUUCGUUAGUUUUAGAUCUAUCUUUAUCUGGUAUUCAGAAUUUCAUAAUUUAUCUUGAACCUAGUACAGUCUUGAGCAAUAUAAUGUACCCACUUUAGGACUCUGUCGCACUAACAUAUUUGACAUUUAGUGAGACUUACAGUUAAAUUUGUCAAAAAAAAUAAUGUGACAUGGUACCAAAGUGUAAACAUAUUAAUGCUCGUGACUGUACACGACCCAAUUAGAUGGUGUCUGCAGUAAUUAGCACCAAUGAGGUUUAGGUUUUAAAAAGAUAUUCGGUCUUGCGACUCUAUGGCUAGUUCGGGACUAAGCCGGGGUUAUUUACCGCUGAUCGCAGUCCCGGCUCCGUGUAUCCAAGUUAAAUGUUUUUGUAAAUAAAGCAACAUUCCUAUCGGUUGAAAAUAUUUCGCUCGAUAGUUACUAUUACGAAUUGUAAGUACAUUUGUUUGUAAAUCUUGAAGUUACCACGUUCUAAUGUUUCUGAAGAGGCUUUAUAAGGGGUUGCCGUUGCACUGAUAAAAAAAAUAAUAUUGGCGAGUCUUUACGUGACCCCCGCUUAAAUAUAGGGCUGGCUGGUUUUCAAAUGAAGUUUUAUAAAUUAAAUAAAUUACCGAAUAAAUAUCGUCUAAAAAGAUUCAACAUUCACUUGACAACCAGCCACAUUUUCAUCAUUAAAAAAAACACAUAAAUUCAUUUCAUAUUAAAAAAAAAAUAUAAAAUUUCAAAUUCUAACAGCUCACCUUGUUAAGUUAUUGUUUACUAAAUUAUUGUUAAAUAAUAAAGGAAAUUAUUCUGGUCACUCAACUCCUAUUAAAGUAAUAGUUAGUUGUUGUAAAUUAAUAAAUGCUUCAGACGAGAGACUGUCUCGUGAGGUUUGCAAGAUGGUAUUGAAAUGUUUAGAUUUAUUUACUUUAUUAAAUCGCAGUAUUAACUUAACCUUUUGACAGAAGUUUUAUUAUGUAUGAUUAUUUUUAUUGACAUAACUUAUAUAAUUGGUUAUUUUAUUAAGUGUUAUGUAAGAUACCUACUUAACACUUUCACGGACAGAAAGUCUACGGGUGAUGUACCAGUGACCGUGAAAGUGUUAACGUUAUUUAGAGUUGCUACUUUGGUAGGCAGUACUAUUGCAAAUACAUAUUGGCCCCGAUUCCUGCAGACAUCUCUUAAUUUUACUUUAAGUUAUACACUUAUACCUGUCAUUUUCUUAUCCGCCGAAAAGGAAAGGGACGGAUGAUUGACAGCUCUUAAUUUUAGGAAGAAUGAGUAAAUAAAUGAAUAACCCGGGCGAAUUUUUAGACGGUUGUUUUAGAUUUGUGCUUAAAAUUGACGUGUGUUCCAUAAAUUUUAUGCUUGUCGAUUACCCGUCCCUUUCCUUUUCGGCGGAUAAGAAAAUGACAGAUAUAACCUAAAAUAAAAUUGGAUGGUAUUUACAGGAAUUAGCACCAUUGUAACAUUUAUUUGAAUCUAUAAUGCAAUAGGCUAGUUUCCAACUAGUCAAAUCAGUUACUUUUUACUAAACGUCAAAAUACGAAAUUACUAUGGAAUUUGUAUGAAAAAUGUGACAAAAUGUCGCAGUUACGUUUUUCUUUCUAAAUAAGUUAAAUAGAAAAUGUUUUUUGUCACCUUUAGAUCUGUUUUUAUUUAGUAAUAAUCAGAAUUUCAUAAUUUAUCUUUGACCUUAGAAACUGCCCAAUUCUCAAUUUACUUAUGCAACAACUCAGCAUAUAAGUGUAUUAUUAUAUAACAGGGUGUCUAAAAAGGCCACAUUGAAGCAAUUCAUAUAAAAAAGCAAUACUGGAAUUUGACAUUUGCGCAUGUAAAAGUAAGUGCGCAAUGCAAAGAAAUGGCAAAAUUGCUUUCUUAGAUGAAUUGCUUCGAUAUGGCCAUUUUAACCCCCCAGUUCUUCAAUGCCAUCUAGCAAGCCUUGGUUCUGACGACUGCUAGGAAGUGAGUGAAGCCAUGUUGUGUAUAUAGGGAGCGGCUUAUCCUUUGUAUAAAAAUUAUAAAUAUUUAUUCAAUAGGUACAGGCGAGGUCGCAGUUAGUUCUAGUUUUGCAUAUGUAUUGAGAUUUCGAAAUGACUAGGUUAGUUGCAUUUGCCAAAAUAAAUCUCACAUCACUGUUAA